AGCAUAUACACUCUGCCAGGGGAUGUAGCGGGCAUGUGGAAGGAACAAGUGGAAAUUGCUGUGUGCUGUCGAAGUGCUGUGCGUCCGCCACAUGUACAGAGUGCACGUCAUGAACCCCUAAGAAAGAGGAACAGGAACACGGCCGGUGCAAAAUGGGUAAAACGGUGCUACUUCACAUUGGCUGCGUCUCAGUCCGCCUCUGUUACCACAAGUAUCCAUUUCAACUAAACGACACAGAGGCCUCUUCGAAGCAGUUAGCUGACUGCAUACGGAACGCAAUAUUGAUGUUUGCAAAGAUGGGCGAGAAAUACCUUCAACGUGCAAACAUUACUAUGGAGAAUUUCCGUAGUAGCAUACACGACAUUGAGAAAUGCGAUGCCGUCUCGUAGGCAUCGAGGAGGUCAGAGAGUACGAAAACUUUCACGGAUCAUACACAGAUUCCCGUCAUAGCUGGGUACGGGUCCUUGACAAAAGUUUGCGGAACACGCGAGCUGUGCAUUUUUCACCUCGGUGCGGCACCCUAGAGGCAAGUGGAAGGUGGUGAAAAUCAGUAAUUUCCCAUGACUGGCCGAGCAAUGUCUA